AUGUUUAUGGAGAUUGUUUUAUUUUUUAUCGUCUAUUUCGUAUGGAUUGAAGCAGUGCCACCGGAAGCUUGUUUUGCUAGUUUUAAUUGGGGUGACUGCGGACAACCUCCUGUGCCAGUUAUGUACUACUGGAAGCCCGGUUCCAGAUGUGAGGUGGGACUCUGGCGGGGUUGCCACCCAAAUAUAAAUAUGUUUCAAGAUGAAUACGAAUGCGUUGCUACGUGUAUAUACACUGCCAGGGGCGGGGACGAAGACUAUCACAAUCUAAAUGGAUUGGCGGGAACCGAAGAAAUCAGAGAUGUCGGAGAAAUCGGUUAUGAUGAAUCUACACCAACUAGUGACGACAAUUGUACUCUUACCUCUACGGGAGACCCAGUUACGUCUAGUAAUGUUACUAUCGGUGCCGAAAAUGCAACAGUUACGAGUACUAUCAGUGGUAUAUCGGUCGAAACUACAGCAACAACCUCUAGUGAUAAUGAUCAUGUGUCAAAUUCCACCCAGGCAAGCACGUUAAAUACUACUGUUGAAGGGACACCAACUCCUACACCUCUUACCUAG